ACUCGUAUAGUUGAACUCAUCAAAACCCAGAAAUGUAAAUGCACAGAAGAUGUUGUUUUAACAGUAUUGAAAGCUUAUGCAAAAAGCAAGAUGCCAAACGAAGCCUUGGAUUGCUUCCAAAAAAUGGAAGAGAUUUUUGGGUGCAAGCCUGGAAUAAGAUCUUACAAUGCUUUGUUAAAUGCUUUUAUUGAAGCAAACAUGUUAGACAAAGCAGAGUCUUUUCUUGCUUAUUUUGAAACAGCGGGCAUCUUGCCUAAUUUGCAAACAUAUAAUAUUUUGAUCAAGAUUUCUGUUAAGAAGAGACAAUUUGUCGAGGCAAAAGGGUUGUUGGAUUGGAUGUGGAGUAAGGAAUUAAAGCCUGAUGUGUAUAGCUAUGGUACUGUGAUUAAUGGGAUGGUGAAAAGUGGGGAUUUGGUAAGUGCACUUGAGGUGUUUGAUGAAAUGUUUGAAAGAGGUUUAGUUCCUGAUGUGAUGUGUUAUAAUAUAAUGAUUGAUGGGUUUUUUAAGAGAGGGGAUUAUGUCCAGGGGAAAGAGAUUUGGGAAAGGUUAGUUAAAGGGUCUUCUGUUUAUCCAAAUGUGGUUACUUAUAAUGUUAUGAUUAAUGGGCUGUGUAAAAUGGGGAGGUUUGAUGAGAGUUUAGAAAUGUGGGAGAGAAUGAAGAAGAAUGAGUGUGAAAUGGAUUUAUUUACGUAUAGCAGUUUGAUAUGUGGGUUAUGCGAUGUGGGAAAUGUUGAUGGAGCUGUGGAGGUUUUUAAAGAAAUGGUCAAGAGAAGUGUGGUGGUUGAUGUUGUUACUUAUAAUGCAUUGCUUAAUGGGUUUUGCCGUGCAGGGAAGAUUAAGGAGAGUUUUGAAUUGUGGGUUAUGAUGGGGAAGGAGAAUUGUCGUAAUGUUGUUAGUUAUAACAUAUUUAUCAGAGGAUUGUUUGAAAAUAGCAAGGUUGAAGAAGCUAUUUCUGUUUGGGAACUCUUGCGUAGGAGGGGGAGUGGAGCUGAUUCUGCAACUUAUGGAGUUUUGAUUCACGGGUUGUGUAAGAAUGGGCAUUUGAAUAAGGCUUUGAAAAUAUUGAAAGAGGCAAAAGAUGGAGGAGAUAAGCUGGACGCUUUUGCAUAUUCUUCGAUAGUCGAUGGCUUAAGCAAACAAGGGAGAGUAGAUGAAGCAUUGGGUAUAGUGCUUCAGAUGGAUAAGUAUGGCUGUGAGUUGAGUCCUCAUGUCUGCAAUCCAUUGAUUAAUGGUUUUGUCCGAGCUUCCAAACUUGAGGAGGCAAUUUGUUUUUUAAGAGAAAUGGAAUCCAAAGGUUGUUCUCCUACUGUUGUCUCCUAUAACACUCUUAUAAAUGGUCUGUGCAAGGCAGAGAGAUUUAGCGAUGCAUAUUCUUUUGUAAAGGAAAUGCUAGAAAAAGAUUGGAAGCCAGACAUGAUCACUUAUAGCUUAUUGAUGGAUGGCCUCUGUCAAGGCAAAAAGAUUGAUAUGGCCCUCAACCUGUGGCGUCAAGUUCUUGUUAAGGGUUUGGAGCCUGAUGUAACCAUGCACAACAUUUUGAUGCACGGACUUUGCUCCGCAGGAAAAAUUGAAGAUGCGUUGCUGCUCUAUUCAAAUAUGAAGCAGUCAAACUGUCUUCCCAAUCUUGUGACGCAUAACACACUCAUGGAUGGGCUUUAUAAAGCCAGAGAGUGCGAGAUGGCAUCAGUGAUUUGGGCUUGCAUGUUCAAGAAUGGGUUUCAACCGGAUAUAAUCUCCUACAAUAUUACACUCAAAGGGCUUUGUUCUUGUGGUAGAAUAUCAGAUGGCAUAGCGCUCUUCGAUGAUGCCUUGAAACACGGAAUACUCCCAACCUCCAUUACAUGGUAUAUACUUGUCAGAGCCGUUUUAAAGUUGGGACCUCUUGAUUCAUUGUCCUGAAACUACCAGUCUCGUGGCUAGUUUCGAGUGAUGCUAAGAUUCGUACAUUUCCCUGAUUCAGGAGGUAAAAGUUAUUCUGCAUCCAUUUCAAAGGAAUUGCUAUCUGUGCUCUGGGAAUUUUUAUGGAUAAAAGCAAGCAAUUGUGUCCAUACUGAUGUGGUGGUAUAUUUGCUUGUGACAAAACCUGGACACUACCUGCAAGGCAAACAGUGAGUAUCCACAGCUCAUAUCACCAAUUUAGCCCUUCAACAACCAGAUUUUGCUUCAUCAUUUUAUUUCAGGGCCCAUAAAUCUUCUCUUCCAUUAUUUGGUACACCAUUUCGGAAUUUUCCACUAGAAAACCCUUAUGGAGGAGUAAUGAUCGCCUUCAAGCUUCUUGACAAUACAGUCCAAAGUAUGUGAUCUUUUUCCUCGACCUUUGAAUUCUUGGGCUUUUUUUCUCUGGUUUGCCCAGCUGUACAGUGGCAAACCAUCCCGCAUCCUAUUGUAUACAUGUGAACAGUUCAAGCAAUCUCACGAAAGUGCUUAGCCAGAAAAAAAUCUUUACAACAGAAAUGAUGAUAAACAUUUCUCAGAAAAUAGGCAUAACAACGUGAGAACUAUGGUUUGAUAACAGUUAUAGGAUAGUUGGCAAAGCAUCAGGCAUGGUAACCCAGUUACCUUGAUCUUGGUGAUGCAGUAAUAUCAGCAAGAUCAGAUGCAGAUGAUGCAAAAGAAAGUAGCUUGAUGUAUCAAAUCCAAGUUGUAAGUUUUCACUUGGGGUUAUUGUAUCAUGCUAUAUUCAUUCAAAAUGGGAUGUCUAAGAUUUUAUACAAUAAAUAAAUUCAUUAUACUGAGGGAAAAGGAGAGCUUCACUUUUCUUUGUCUGUCUGUUCUUUUUCCACUCUUUCUAUGUCUAAUGUUAAUCUCUGCUCAUAGCUCAAGUGAUUGAUCAAUCCUGCUAAAAUUGCUCCAAGAAAUACAACUUUUCUCCAAUCAGGUGAAGAAGAGAUGAAGGAAUUGGCAAUCGCAAUGCCUAGACGCCCAUUAAAGCUAGGUAAAUGAUUUUCCUUGUUCUUAACCCUGCUUUCGCUUUAAUCAGAUCUUUAAUCUUCUGAGCUUCCUUCCUUGGCUUUUGCUUUAUCAACUGGUGCUUUCUGGCCCAGGUUCUUGAAGAACAUCCUCUCAUACCUGUCCUCCUCCAUUUGACCUUCAAUAUCUGCUACCUUAUUAUCAUUUUUCUCAAUUUCCACUUGUUUUCAAUUCUGCAGAUUCCUCAAAAUCUUGCAUCUAUCUCUCUAUGCUUGCCAAUAUCUGCUAAGCAAAAAUAAUGAAUAAGAAGCAGGUUAUCAACAGAACUGCUGAGCAAAACCAUUUUGUUAUUUCCUAUAGCCUAUCAUGAUUUUCAUCAGCAUUGGCUUCUUCAGCAAAUUUAGUCAGAUAAGCUGAUCUCUCGUCCAGGUAGUCAUUGAGACGGACCUUUUGGGCUUGAAGCAUGGAAAUCCUGGCAAGCAGCUCUUGUUUAGCGUCCCCUUCAGGUGGGGAAGACUCAGAGUUGGAAUCAUUGGAAUUGCAAAUGCACAGGAUGGAGUUCUUUGUAAUGGAUGGCUUUCUAGUGUCCAGGCAGAGGUAGAGAGAGGAGGGGAGGGGAGGGACGUUAUAUGGCACCUGUUCAUUUUGGGCCUUUCGUUGGGUGCACAUUAUCCUAUAUCUUUUAGUGUAAUACAACUCUUACUAACCCUAGCUACAAUUUCAAGUUAAUUUCUAAUAUAAAAGAUGUGAUUUGGGUUA